AUGCCUUCUGAUAGCGGUAUAUCUUUGCCGCCAGCGGAUAGUCCACAACAACACAACCGGAAUACGAGUGGGGAAGCACAACCAAAUGAACGACAGGCCUCAGUUAUCUAUGCUCGGCUGCCUGUUCCUGCAAUGUCCAGUUCCAACAUAGAGGCGUGGUUUACGUCGAUGGACUUUUGGUUCACCGCCUCCGGAAUCACAUCGGACAAACAAAAAGCAGCGACGGUAUUUGCAGCAUUGGACCCCACCGUUAUUAGCCAGUUGGCCCAAGUCAUCGCCGAAAUGCCACAAAACGACAAAUUCGAGUACGUCAAAACCAAAAUUAUAGAGCAUUUCGCAGAUAGCGAGCAAAGACGUCUAAAUAGACUACUAUCAGAGCUGCCGCUUGGUGAUAGGAAACCUUCGGAGCUGUACUUCGAGAUGAAACGAGUUGCAGGUACUACCUUGGGAGAAGCUGCUCUCAAGGGACUUUGGACAAAGCGUCUACCAGAAUUCGCGCAACCGGUUAUCGCCGCAUCCUCGGGCACAGCAUCAGAGUUCACAAAGAUAGCCGACUCAAUCAUCGAUGCUGUUAGUCCUCAUCUAGUGUCGCAGGUGAGAAAGGAGGCAGCAGAGAUAAGUCAACUCCGUUCAGCUAUAGAAGACUUGUCCAAGCGAUUCGAAAGAUUCAACUUGCGCUCUCGCUCGCAUUCUCGCUCACGGUCUCGACCAAUAGCUACCACCUAUCAUAAUGCGCAAAGCGCAAAUCGACCACCUGAUGUUAGAGACGGAAGCGCAUCAUCCCCCAACAUAGAGUGCUGGUAUCAUCAGAAGUACGGCACUAAUGCGCGUAAGUGCCGCAGCCCUUGUCGACGCCGACAUCGAGCAAUUCAAGCGAUAACAGACAAGCAAAAUUGA